UUAUCUUAGAUGAGAGUCGAAGGAGUGAAAAGGCAAAGAACUUUGACGAACCUACUCGACCCAAACGAAGGUCUAUGCGUGAUACAACCUUAAACAUUAUUGAACGCGUAGUUUAAAUGUGAAAUAAGAGUUUACGACAUGUUUAGGUCGUCUACAUCAAAAUGAAAGCCGUUCGUGUGUAGCUGAUUACUAAAAGACGUAUCGGAAUAUUCAAAAUAUUCAAAUCAUAUCGAGGCUUUAUCGUUAAAUGGAUAACAUGAUGUAGGAUAUUUGUGACGUAUAAAGACCCCUACAAAAUAUGCUGUGAAGUGACUGAUUAAUUGCAAGUUCAAGUAAUUCAAGAUGGCCGCAUAUUUAUGGCAAUUUGGAAUUAGUUUAAUUUGUACACUGGGAUUUGGAGUGGCACAAAUCGAGCGUGGCGUCAAUACAUUUGGAGAAACAUUCGAACUUUCAGCCUCCGAAUUGGCAAGUUGCGAGAAGAACAACGGGUUUACAUUAGACAGGGAAAACUGCUGUGGCUUUGUACGAUGUUUUGGUCGCAAGGGAAUCAGAAUGCAGUGUCCUUUCAUGUCUGUUUGGCAUCCUCAGAAAUGCAUUUGUGUUCGAGCAGAAGAGUCAGAUGAAUGCGUAAUAUUAGGAUGUCCAAACCCUUUGCCGGAUUUUGACGAUUCAUGCCCAGAUUUCCUUGAAGAACAGCAGUGUUGUUUAAGAACAGAUGGUUACGAAUCUCAAAUAUACACAGGGAUGAACGAUACAGCUUUCUACAUGUACAAGGGCCAGCUGCAGGAAUGCCCACCUGGGCAGAUAUUUUAUGUCGAUUCAUGCUGUUGUGAGGGAGAAGUUGAUUACGGUCUCUCGGCCCCGUGUGCUUAUUUCUCAUUCGACAAAAAUUACAAGGACAUAUCUGGAAUACACAGUGAUCCUUUUGAUAUUAUUCUACACAACGGAGCUGAAGGUGGUGCCCACUCGUCAAUCUCUAUUGAGGUAGUUAUAACCGAAUCCGAGAAUUUAAUUGUGGCUGGUGUGAAGGCAUGUGAUAGAGUUCAGGAUAUCUUCAUACCGUUAAAUGAAAAUCUUGUUGUUGGACAAUGGUACCACAUUUGUCUUUCUUACGACAAGGAAGGCUUUGUUCACGUUGACCUUGAUGGAUUGAGGUACACAGACGCAGAAAGAAAUCGGAUAGAUAUGAUCGAUUUGAUUAACUUAGCCUUAACUGCCCUCGGCGAUAUUGUGGUUGUGUUGAAUAAUGUGGAUUUUGGUCCAAUUCUUAACCCAGAGAUCGGGGCGUUUAGACAGCUUCUGGAUAUAGUCUAUGCAUUUGUGGAUCCUUUAACAGAUGAAGAAUAUUUUUUCGGGAUGGAAAAUUGGAUCUUGACUCGCGACCAAAUGGUGAAAUUACUUGUAGAUUACCUAACGAAGACAUAUAGACAAGACGAAUUCUUUGACCCUUUUGCUGAAAAUCUUGAUAUUAUGAUUAACAUUGUUAAUAGACCAAGAGAUAUUACUACAUUAUUAUCGGAAGCAAGUAAACAGAUCAGUGAUAGUCUCUUACCAGUCGCAAAGGAGAUUGGAGACCCAUUCCUUGUACAGGCAAUUCGAGACCUUUUUAUUCGUUUAACAAAGCUAGAAUCCAUCAUCUCUGACAUUGAUCCACUGCUUCAGGACCAGGCUGGCUUUAUGUUUCACAAAAUUGACGAUUAUAUUACUUUGGGAAGAAUAUCUCUUGGUUGGUUAAAACGGAGAAAAAGAUCAGUCGACGCUUUAAUAGAUACGUUACCUUCCAAAGAAAAGGAGCAUUUCAGUCAUUUGUUGAAGAGAUCAAACUUGCUGGCGGAGGGUCAAGAAGAGUCGCGUCAAAAGAGAGAGGUAGUAGAUAUACCGGGAGUACCGUCGAUUGCGCCAAUUACUAGGUCAAAAUAUCCAAUUAGGGUUGGGGAUGGAUUAGUCGGAGCAAUUGAUGAGCUGGUGAUAUGCAAUUUUGUACCUAAUGAAGAGGCGCAAUUCCUGCUGUACAACAACAACAUUGUACCACGUCAUCCUGAAUCUGAACAUAGAGAUGUUUAGAAAGACGGCAAAAUGGAAGAAGACUAAAUUCAAUGUAAACAAAUUGACAUGUCUUUAAAAACCAUACAAUAAACAUAAUAUAGCAUUGAAUGGCAU